UUUUAAUUUAAAUAUAAAUUCUGAAUGAAACACAAUCAAUAACUUCCUAAUGCUCAUUUACGUAAACAUUGGACGAGAUUUGUGAAGACUUAUUACAAUUAACCAGCUGCUAAGAGAAGAAGAUAAUAAAGAAGAUAAGCAAAUGCAUUAAGUAAUUGAAUAUAUAUAUAUUAAGGUACUUCACCAAGACCAGUAGAAUUACUUAGACCAGUAGUUAGAGGUUAAACAAUUAAAUAUAAUGGAGUAUAAAAAUUAGGAAGAGGAUUUUCAUUAAUUGAACUUAAAGAAUCUGGAAUCAAUGCUUAAUUUGCUAGAACUAUAGGAAUUGCAGUUGAUCACAGACGCAGAAAUAAUAGCUAAGAAGAAUUGACAGUUAAUGUCAAAAGAAUCAAAGCAUAUUUAUCAAAAUUAGUACUUUUCCCAAGAAUAACUGGUAAACCUAAAAAUGGUGUUGUUAAAGAUUCUGCAAAUGAUGUUGUUGCUCAACCUGUUACUUAAAAUACUAAUCUUGAAGUAUUUAUUAUUUUUAUAAUAUUUAGGUCAUUACUUUCUAAAGAACACCUAAAAGAGAAAAGGCUACAGUAAUCUCUAAAGAACUUAGAGCAAAGAAUGUAUAUCGUAGACUUAGAUAAGAAUGGUAUAAUGCUAAAUUCGUUGGAGUUAAAGAAAAAAGAAAAAAUGCUAAAGAAUAAAAGAAAUGAAUCAUAAAUUUAUGUACAUUUGGA